GUCGUCAGAGUUCACACGCUCGCCAGUUCUUUUCGUUCUGUAACUCCUAUCCAUUUCCGUAGUUUACCGCCAGCGAAAUGGAUUCAUCAAACAGUUCCCCACCAACGCAUUCGAUUGCUUUUCCGGAGAAGAUUGUUGCCUUCGAACUAUCUAGCUACGAGUGGUCCCAAAAUCUACUUUGCGUCGCUCUCGCUGACAAGCUGAUAUUGGGCAUCGUUCGUUUUCCGGAGGAAAACGACUACGAGAACUUCGAGUGGAACCAAAUCAAGGAGAUACACCAUGAGAGCCGCUGCCAUGCAGUGGCCUUUGCACCAGAAACUUCACUAGCCGUACUUCCUAAAGUGGUCAUCAUCUGUACAGCGGGAGCGGAUUUCAAUCUGCGAAUAUUCAAUAGCGACCUGGAGGACAACAAUACGGUACGAAUUUUGCAGGGACAUCGCAGCUACAUAAACCAGGUUAGCUGGGAUCCGGAAGGCGAAUAUUUGGCUUCGUGCGGAGAUGACCAUAUGUGUAUAAUGUGGAAGGUGAAGGAGGACUACGCCAAAGGAUCAACUUUUUUCUUUGGUUCGGCGGUUGUUUCCGCCAAGUGGCAUCCCGAUGAACCGGGGAAGGUGUUGAUAGCGGAGAAGUCCGGAAUCGUCCACCUUUACAAUGUCGAGUCAAAAUUGGCGAUCCUAUCAGUGGAAAGCAGCAAGAAUCCUUUAAAUUAUGCUGACUGGAGUCUGAACAAUUCAGCGUAUGUUGUUGCGCUGGCAGGUGGUGAGAUGGUCUUUUGGGAUUUGAAGAAACCAAGCAGACCGAUCGAGAACAAAAGGAUUCACGAAGAUUGUGGACACAUCGUAAAGUUUGCUCCGCAUUCGGAAACGAUUGUUGCCAGUGUGGGCCGACCGAGGACAACGCUGAAGGUGAUUCAUGUCAAGAACCCGGUUCCACAAAUUGAAGCCAAGCUCUUACUGUACGGAGGUCUUUGCUGGCAUUAUCAACUACCAUACGUGGUUGCUGGACAGGAUCGGAAGAUAUGUUUUUGGAAAAUUUCUUCAUAAGAUUUGUAUGUUAAAUAAAUUAUAUUUCUUGGUCUAUU